UUUGAUAAGACACCAUCGAGACCUAAAAUAUAACCCCGGGUCAUUUUGCCACUUAGUUUCAAACUUGAGAUCGAAUAAAGGAUCGUCUUUCUUUCUCUUUCAAAAUGGCUUCCAUCCUCAGCCAUUUGAUGAAAAGCGAUGGAACCGCCGUCAAGAGAAGGAAAUUCACGGAGGGCACACUUCGGCACAAUCUCUACAAAAAGGCUCGCGAAACUCUGCACGAAGGAAUGAAUCUGAAACAGGGUGUCAAACUACCUCCCGAUGAGACUUUCAACGACUGGUUGGCGGUUCAUGUUGUUGAUUUCUUCAAUCGGAUUCAAGUGUUAUAUGGCGUUGUGGCGGAUGUUUGCACGGAAGCGUCAUGUCCAAUAAUGUCUGGAGGCUCUCAGUACGAAUACUUCUGGUUGGACGGACAAGAGUUUAAGAAGCCGACCGCCCUCUCUGCUCCCGAGUACCAUCUUCGUCUAUUUCAAUGGGUCGAGAAGCAAAUCUUUGACGAGUCCAUUUUUCCGCCAGACACGGAUUCGGAUUUCCCAAAGAACUUCAAGAAGACCUGUCAAAAGAUUCUGAAUAGGAUGUUCAGAGUGUUCGUCCAUGUUUACAUCCAUCACUUUGAUCGUCUUAUGGAAAUCAAUGCCGAGCCUCACGGAAACACCUUGUUCAAGCACUUCUACUAUUUUGUGACUGAAUUCCAGCUCAUGGAUGAAAAAGCCUUUGCUCCGUUGGCCUUACUAAUUGACAAGAUUUGCAAUGAUCCCUGAUUUGUCAAGUUCAGGCUCUGUCCGUGCGAGAGAACUGCUUCUGUAAUCUCGUUAAAGGUUGACCCAUUCAAUAAUAAAACUCGACAUAAUAUUUA